AUGGCGCAGCAAUUGAGCAAUCUUUUCAAACCCAGUGGACAACUGCCAAGCAACACCGAGAAAAACCCCUCCGGGCAUGUUAAUGCCGCUACACUAAGAAGCGACACCACCUAUAAUCCUCCACCCAUGGUUGUUGUUGAAAAUGAAGAAGGAGAGGUGGUAGUAGAGGAAAAAGCACCUAAUGAGGGAGAAAAGGAGGAACAACUAGCACCUGCCCCAGUGAAGAGAAAGCAGCCCACCAUUAAUGUAUAUGUACCUCCUGUUCCUUUCCCACAGAGAUUAGCGCAUCGCAAGCUUGAAGAAAAAUAUGGGGAGUUUUUAGAAGUUCUGAGUAAGCUUGAAAUAAACAUUCCCUUCAUAGAUGCUUUCAAGAAGAUGCCUUCUUAUGCAAAAUUUCUAAAGGAGGUGUUAUCUAACAAAAGGAAGCUACCGGAAACAGGCGUAGAAACACUAAGAGGAGAAUGCAGCGCUAUCUUAGAGUGCAAGGUGCCGAAAAAAGAAUCUGACCUCGGGAGUUUCACCAUUCCAGUCAAAUUUGGUGAAGUUUUGGUCAAUAAAGCACUCGCUGAUUUGGGAGCUAGUGUGAGUAUCAUGCCGCUAUCUUUAUGCAAGAGGAUCAAUGCGGAGAUCAAGCCAACAAAAAUGUCUUUGCAGCUAGCCAAUAGAUUAGUAAGGUUUUCAGUUAGAGUUGUUGAAGAUUUGCCAGUUCAAAUAGGGAAGUUCUAUGUCCCUUGUGAUUUUGUGAUUAUGGAUAUUGUUGAAGAUCAUGUCAUAUCUAUCAUUCUUGGGAAAGAUUUUUUGAAGACUACACGAGCUGUUUUUGAUGUGUUCAAUGGCAAGCUUACAUUGAACAUCUUGGGGAGGACGUUGAGUUUUAUUUUCCAUCAAUGA